AUGGCCGCAGAUGGGCAAGAUCCGCAUGAGGAGAGCAUAAAGGUUUGCUGCAGGUUUCGGCCACAAAACCAACUGGAGAAGGAGCAAAGCGGCCGGAUAUGUGUUACAUUCAACGGAGAUGGCACUUCUGUGUAUGUGCCCUCCAUUGACAACAGCUUUGUUUUCGACCGCGUGUUCGGGGUUGACGCCGCUCAGAAGGAGGUGUAUGACUAUGCUGCCAAGCCCAUCAUCAAUGGUGUGUUGCGUGGCUUCAACGGUACAGUAUUUGCUUAUGGUCAGACGGCUUCAGGCAAAACCCACACAAUGGAGGGUCCAGACAUCGAAGACGAGGUCCAGAUGGGCGUUAUUCCAAGGAUGGUGUGGUCAAUAUUCGACGGCAUUGACCAUGCUGCAGACUACAUUGAGUUCUUGGUGAAAGUCUCCAUCGUUGAGAUUUACAACGAACGUAUUCGGGAUUUGUUGGAUCCGAAGAAGGACAACUUGAAAAUCCACGAGGACAAGGCUCGGGGUGUCUUCAUCGGUGAAGUCACUGAAACGUACGUUGGGUCUGAACAGGAGAUUUUUGACAUCAUGAAAGCCGGCAAGUACAAUCGUGCUGUGGCCGAGACGAAUCUAAAUGAACAUUCUUCCAGGUCGCACCUGAUCUUCAUGCUUACCAUUGAGCAAAAGAACUUGCACGAUCGCUCCGUCAAGGUGGGCAAGUUGCAUUUGGUGGAUCUAGCCGGCAGUGAGAAGGUUGCCAAAACUGGAGCCUCUGGCGAACGCUUGGACGAGGCCAAGAACAUCAACCGAUCUCUUUCGGCUCUCGGCAAUGUGAUCAAUGCCCUCACUGACCGCAAGUCGAAUCAUGUCCCAUAUCGUGACUCGAAACUUUCCAGAGUCCUACAAGAGUCCCUGGGCGGCAAUGCCAAAACGUCCUUGAUAAUUACUUGUUCUCCUUCCUAUUUCAACGAGCAGGAGACCGUCAGCACACUGCGCUUUGGUCAGCGUGCGAAGAUGAUCAAGAACGUUGUGAAAGUGAACCAUGAGCGGUCUGUGGAGGAGCUCAAGCUUCUGCUGCAGCGAAGAGACCAGGCGUUGUCAGAGCUUCGCAGUCGUGUUUCGACGCUGGAGCAGCUUCUGCGCUCCAACGGCAUCACCGUCCCCGAGGACAAGAGCUCGGCCGUUUUUCUGCCGGCCGGCACAGUGGGCGCUCCGACCCCCGUAGAUGAAGCGCAAAGCGCCGAGCUCGAGGAGCAGCUUCAG